AUUCCGCUGUUUUGGCCUCUCUUUAAAGAAUGAUAGGUGUAUAGAUCAUUCGACUUCAUGAGCUCAUGACCCUCGUUAUGGUCUUAUAAUUAGUGCUAUUGAUUCUGGUGGCCAUACUCUUGUAUCAUGGCUGCUCUGUUUCACAUUCUUCUCUUUCUUACAGUUUAUUGCCAAAUCUCAUCUUCGACCACUGACGCUCUGAAUAAAGGUUCAUCCCUAUCAGUAGAGAAACCAGACAAUGUUUUAACUUCACCGGAUGGAGUUUUCACUGCCGGAUUUCACCAAGUCGGCAACAAUUCGUUUUGCUUUGCCAUUUGGUUCAGUGAGUCAUCUGAUCACUACAGAAGCAGAACCAUAGUGUGGAUGGCCAACCGGAACCAACCAGUCAAUGGCAGACAUUCAAAGCUCUCCCUCCUCAGAACUGGUGAUCUCAUCUUAACCGACGCUGGUCAGUCCAACGUGUGGUCCACCUCCACUUCUUCAUUCUCUCCUGCCAACUUAAGCCUCUACAAUUCCGGCAAUCUUGUUCUGCAAACUUCGCAACGUGUCAUCCUAUGGCAGAGCUUUGAUUUUCCAACUGAUACUCUUCUUCCAAGCCAACUACUCACCAGAAACACAAUCCUUGUCUCCAUGAGAAGCCCCAGCAAUUACUCCUCUGGCUUCUACAAGCUCUUCUUCGACGAUGACAACCUUCUCCGUCUACUCUUCGACGGACUUGAGAUUUCAAGUGUGUAUUGGUUCGAGCCGUGGCUCACAGGCCAAUCCGCCGGAAGGUCCACAGACAACAGCAGUAGGGUUGCAGUUAUGGAUUCCCUUGGCAAUUUUACUUCUUCAGACAAAUAUACUUUGAUCGCUUCCGAUUAUGGUACAGCUUCUCAGAGACGGCUGACAAUUGAUUGUGAUGGGAACGUUCGGCUGCGCAGCCGGUCCAAACCCGGAGACAGAUGGAAUGUGACAGGGCAGAUCAUUCAAGAUCCUUGUAAGAUUCAUGGGGUUUGUGGCCCUAAUAGUGUGUGCCGCUAUGAGCCUAGUACCGGAAGAGAAUGUUCUUGCAUUCCUGGUUACAAAAUGACGUACCAUACUGACUGGUAUUAUGGUUGUGAACCUGAGUUCAGUUACACUUGCACCAGAAAUGAGUCCACCUUCUUCAAGCUUUCAAAGCUCGAGUUUUUCGGGUAUGAUUACGGAUACUUCACCAACUACACAUUCAGGGAGUGUGAGGAUCUUUGUUUGCGGCUGUGUAACUGCAAAGGGUUCCAAUACUCUCUGAUUCCAAGCCUUCAUAUUGGUUCCUAUAGCUGUUAUCCGAAAACGGUGUUGCUCAAUGGUUACACUUCUCCUAGCUUCUUCGGAGACUUGUAUUUGAGAGUGCCAAAGAUGCAUCUGUCAGCUUAUGGAUUGCCACAAGAAGACUAUAGCUUGAGUUGCUUAGAAAAGGUGAUUGAGCUAGAUAGGACCUAUGAGAAGAGCCGUGUAUCUAGUCUAGUCAAAUUUUUGCUUUGGUUUGCCUGUGGAGUUGGAGGGUUUGAGAUUAUUUGUAUACUUUUGAUUUUGGGUGUGAUAACUCGAAAUCGGAGAGAUUCCAAUGAGGAUAAGUACGGUUACCAUCUUGCUGCAACUGGAUUCAAGAGGUUUAGCUACUCUGAGCUCAAGAAGGCGACAAAGGGUUUUAGUGAAGAAAUUGGAAGAGGAGCUGGAGGUGUUGUUUACAAAGCUGUGUUGGUUGAUCAUCGAGUUGCUGCGAUCAAGAUGCUUAAUGAGACUAACCAAGGAGAAGGCCAGUUUCUAGCAGAAGCAAACACAAUUGGGAGGUUGAAUCAUAUGAAUCUGAUAGAAAUGUGGGGAUAUUGCUCAGAGGGAAAGCACAGGCUACUUGUAUAUGAGUACAUGGAGAAUGGUUCCUUGGCACAAAAGUUGGCUUCCAAUGAGCUAUAUUGGGAGAAGAGGUUUGAGAUUGCUCUAGGCACUGCAAAGGGCCUAGCUUAUUUGCAUGAAGAAUGUUUGGAGUGGGUUUUACACUGUGAUGUUAAGCCUCAAAACAUAUUGCUGGACUCCAAUUACCAACCAAAAGUUGCAGAUUUUGGCCUCUCCAAGCUACUUAACAGAGAUGACCUCAAGAAAUGGAGCUUUUCGAAGAUAAGAGGAACUAGAGGUUACAUUGCUCCGGAGUGGGUUUACAAUUUGCCAAUCACAUCCAAAGUGGACGUGUACAGCUAUGGGGUUGUGGUCAUGGAGAUGGUGACCGGAAAGAACCCGCUAAAGCCUGAUGUGGAUUCGAUUGACGGCGAGCACAGAAGACUGAUCAUGUGGGUGAGGGAGAAACUACUUAAUGGAACUUCAGCUAGUGAGAUUGAAGCUCGGAUAGGAGAAGUCAUAGACCCUUCGUUUGCAGGUGAAUAUGAUGUUAAGAAGAUGGCGAUUCUAUUGGAAGUAGCUUUACGUUGCGUAGAAGAAGACAGGGACAAAAGACCAACGAUGAGCCAAGUCGUUGAGAUGCUUGUGCUGCUUGACAAAGACCAAGAGCAUUAGUUGGCUCAUUUGGCCGCAUCAUCCUGUAACUAAAAAACUAUUGUACAAAUAAUGUGCGUGUAUUUUAUUGAUGGCGUAACCGAUCGAAAGUCAUGCUUAC